AUGUCUUUUAAGCCACAUUUUCUGUUCAUAUUAUCAACUCUUUGGUUCUCAUCGACGGUCUUCGGCACUGAAAGACCACAACAGGUCCACAUCUCACUCGGAGCUGAUCCGACGGAAAUGGUGGUCACGUGGGUUACCGAACAUCACAUUUCGGGAAAGCCGUGCGUAGAAUACGGGGAAACAGAUCUGUCGAUGAAAGCGUUCGGAAAGAGCUAUCGUUUCAUUGACGGCGGACCCGAAAAACGGCAUUUCUUUAACCAUAGGGUUAGAGUCAAAGACCUGAAAGCGGGCCACAAAUACCGUAACUAUCGUGUCCACUCCUGUGCUGUCCACUCACAGGCACUGUAUUUCCAGAAUAUCACUGCGGAAGCGACGAGGGAUGGAGUUCUGUGUUCACGUUCUCCACAUUAA